AUGGCGGACCUCCACGGCCAACUGCAGGCGUAUCUAGCUCGGGCUAAACCGGACGGGUCAGCAGCCGCCGUGCCAUUGCUACCCGAGGUUGAGGCGGAGGAACCCGCGGGGGGAAACGAGACAAGGGGAACGUGGCUAGGCCGUAGGAGCCUGCAAUGGUCGUGGGCACGGGAGCCGGCAUCACCAAGUCCAGCGUGGCUGCCUAGUGUCACGCGCGUGCAGCGGCUGGCUGCAAGCGGUGUGUGUCUGCUACUGGCCGUGCUCUGCUUUAGCUUGGCAGCGCUCUACGCCCCCGUACUGCUACUGCGUGCCCGCAAGUUCGCGCUGCUGUGGACGCUGGGCUCGGCACUGGCCCUGACGGGCGGCUCACUGCUCCGGGGCGACUCCGCUUGCGGGCGACUGCUUCGCGGCGAGGAAGCACCGUCUCGGACUGCAUUGCUCUACGCCACUGCUCUGGGAACCACACUGUACGCGGCGCUCGGCCUGCGGAGUACGACGCUAACGGUGCUAGGCGCCUGCGCGCAGAUGGCUGCACUGCUUGGACUCUUGCUCAACCAGCUGCCCUGGGGCGGAAGCACCGCGCUGCGCCUAGCCCUGGGGCGUCUGGCCCCCAGGGCCAGCCUCUCUAAAGCUUUGCCGGUGUGA